AUGGCCGUCAAUGCACUCUCCUUCGCCGUCCUCCUUUCCUUCGUGAUCUUGGUGCGUGUACACGAUCUACGUGGGACCGGGUCGAUCUGGAAGGCCGGGACGGACGCCGUGAUCAGCCUGGCUCUCGGCGCCGCCGACGGCGCCGGCUUCACCAUCCUAGACCUGCCCCGGUGGGGCGGGCUCAUGGGCGCCGGCUACGACUACUACGAGCGCGGCAACGUGGACAUCUUCAGCGCCCGGGCGCCCUGCCUGCCGUCGCCGCCGUGCCGGAUGAACCUCACCUCCGACGGCUACGGCCCGCACCACGGCUGGUACUGCAAGUCCGUGGAGGUCACCGCCACGGGGCGCCACGCCACGUGCACCAAGGCUGGGUUCGGUGUCGAGCAGUGGCUCGCCAGCGACGCGCCGCCGUACCAGCUCUACGCCGAGCGUAGCGUCUGCACGAAGAGUGACGCGGCGGAGUGA